AUGAUAUCGCGCUUUCGUUUUAUUGCUCGUCUUCGACGUUCUUUCUUUCCUUCAAACACUUACCUUGGGCUGACGUCCCCUUUUGGCUUAUCAACGCACCCAUCCAACUGGCCGGUUGUUUAUCGCAGCUCCUCCAAUGUUGCCGUUAAAACAUCUGUUUCCUCACAAUCAGUUGCGACCCACCGCAGUCAAGCAAACGUACUGCAAACGAUUGAUGCUCAUCGUGUCUCAUCCUUACUGCUGGACAGAGAAGCGCGGUCUAGGCGUUUCUCAGAAAUGUGGGAUUUUCUUAUGUCGUCUCCUGAUACGAAUAUAUUAACUGUCAAUGCCUACCUCUUUGCCAAGCUCGACUGCGGGCUGGACGUGGAUCGUGGUUCCGUGCUGAACGACUUGCAGGAAAAGGGCUUGACGCCGAACACAGUAUUUCAUUCAUUCAUCAGUGUUGCUCUAAAGGUGACAUGGAAGAAACGAGGUAAGGAAUUAAAACAAGCAAACCUAAAACCGGAUGCCUAUAUAUUCUCCCAGAUUCUUUAUGGGUACGCCAAAGCCGGACUGACGGAAGAAGUUGCUUCCGUGCAGGAGCUAAUGGGGCGCUUGUUAUUAUGGCCUUCACGAAUAGCUUAUGAAAGCCUCUUGUCUGCCUAUGCUGAACUUGGCGAUCAUUCUUCCCUGCUACGUAUAUUGAAAGAAGCAUUGGAAGUCUUACCCGAAUAUACAGGGCAUACUGUUGCUCGCACUGUCCCAGGGUCCUCACCGUUUUCAUCACGGUUUCUUGUCAAUUUGUAUGUUCAAUCGAACUGCUUUUCCACCGAUUCUUUUCCGGUUUGCACGGAGCUACUGACUCAGCUUCCAUCCCCUCCGGACGUGCUCACACGUCGUUGCGUACGUGGAGGCGUGAAACAGCUUUUGGCUCACGGACAGUUAAACGCCGCACUCGAUUUGUUCGCUUAUGGGGAGCCGAAGAACCUUGACGACCCAUACCUUAUUUCCCUCUGGAGAUACGCCGUGGCUGGUGGAUUAGGUCCCGAUGCUGUUGAAGACUUUUGGAAAUUAGCCAACGUAUCGGGUGCGCGUUUGAGCGCUCUCCGGAGACACAUUUUCCGAUCUAAACCAUCGACCGUCCUCGAUUUGCGCUUGAAGCUUAAGGACGCGUUCGCUCGGAAGGAUGUGGAUGCCGUGUUUGCUACUGUGAAAGCACAUCCCACAGACGCGAGAGACACAAUGUGCAAUUAUAUCACUCAGGAGUUGCUCCGAUUGGGUCUCUCCCCCGCCGAGAUUAUUGACCGUUUGCAAUCUCCAUCGUUGAAAAGUUGUGCCGCAUUUGGAUCUGUGUUGGCCAGCCUCUCGGCUGAUUCGACGAGGGACGAGUCGAUUUCCGCUCAUCUGGACACUGUUAGCUCUAUGAUAUCUCAGUUCGUCCAGCAAGGCCAUUUGCCUAUGAAAGGUCCCAUUUACUCACUGUAUGCUGUCUCGCGCAAGAUUCUUCAGCGCGCGUUGGUCUCUGAUUCCUCACCGGACCAGUACCUUUGUCAUGUGUUGGAUCUCCUCUCGUGUGCGUUAUCUCCCAACCAACUCGCAACUGUUGUCGAUCAAAUGUUUGCUAGUAUCUUACUGCAUCGAUUUGCCCCUUCGUCGGGUCUCAAACCGGCGCUUUCUGCCGAUGAUCUGAAGAUGGUGCAAGCCCUAGUGAAAGCGUGUCUAACCAAGGGAAUACAGUUUCCGCCCGAUUCCUGGUUGUUCCACAGUUUAGAGAGUUGCGAACUAGACAAGACUGAGCUCGAAUCCUUGAAGUUUGCAAUGGGCACCAGAUCGGAUCGCGCUGAUGACAUGUCCAAAAAAACACCUCUCUGGCGGACUGUUCAACAUGAACUUCUGUCUGGAAAUGUUAAUGGUGUGAUCGAACUUAUAAAAGAUUUCACGCGGGACUCGGAGCCGCCCUUGGAACCUGGCCAACGCACUUCGAAGAUCCAGUUUCCGGAUGUUGUUAACAUUGCUUUCGAUGCUCUUACCAAGCCGACGAAAGGUUCGCCUGCAAUCACCGCCACGGACGUUGAACAUUUGUUUUGGGCAUGUUGGGAUUCUAAAUUGUUGAAUCAAGCUGGGGUUGCCGUGGCAAGGGUUGCCUCCGCUUAUUUGCGAACGUCUGAUUUCGAGGGCAUGGCUGCUUACUUCCAGAGGGCCUCCAAACAGCUCGGAGCACUUCAGGAUUUCUUACUAGAGCCGCACUUCAUGAAGCCACUGCUUGAAGCUAAUUUCUCGGACAACUUGAUUUUGCUUCAGUCUAUGGCCAGUCAUCCGUAUCUGCCAAUUACUCAGUUUGCGAUGGCAGCGCACAAUCUGGCGAAGCUGGUGGCGCUGUUUCCCGACAAAGUAACCAAUGCAGCUAACUGGCAACAUGGAAGCGACCAAUAUUGGCCAGUUCAGGUCUUGUCCAGACGGUUUUCUGGUCUCACUCAUUUGGGAAAGCUUCGUGCUAUUCACAACGCUAUCACUGAUCUAUGUAGUUCCGGUCGCUUACAAACUGCGCACUCCCUCCGUAUGUGGGCUAGCCAAUUAGGCUUGCUCAUUUUCCCAAAGACCAAUGAACACCUCACUCUCACAACCCAGCUUCUUCUUUCAUAUGAUCGGCUGCACGUCUUGCCUCAGUCACUGUUGACCCACGGGCUAUCCCAGCACCAUCCUGUGAACUUGGACAACCGUCUCCUAGCUUCCUUCGACUCUACCCUACUUGUACCUUUAGGUGAUGAUCAGUUGCCAGAUGCGAACGCUGUAAAGGCUGUUGCCGGUUGGCUUCACGAGCAUAUCCUUCCAAACGCUAUCGACGCCGACAACCUAACUGCUCGUUAUCUCCCGACCUGGCUUGUCAUAUGUCAGCGUAUGCUUCAAAGUGGAUCCGCGUUCGUAUCCCCUAAAUCGUGGACUUUUCUAUCAUCUGAAUGGCUUAAUGGAGCUUACACAAUGACAACCAAUGCAGUUACUCAGCUCAAUGACUGGUACACUUAUGCUGCCAGUGAUUCCCAUAAAGCUGCUCUCCUCCUUUCCGCCCUAUCUAAUCCAAACUCUCAAGAGUGGGGUCUAAGUCAGUUGCGGUCUGACAGUUUUAUGAUCUACCGUUUGCUUGGUUUAUUCGAUCCAGCAUCGGUCCUAACAGUUGAUCAACAAAGUCACCUUGUAGCUGCCACUGCGGCAAUCAAUACGGGGACGAUUUCUGAACUGGCCAAAGUCUUCCGAGAUCCAGAAGUUACGGUCGAUGCGCUAGGGUUCGAUGUGAUACUUAAAUUCAAGUUGCGUACGUCAGCGGUAUUCCACCGUAGCAACUUUUAA